GACGAGAUAUCAUCUAGUCGGAGUCGCCGCCUUUCUCCGCCGUCUUUAAUCGUCCUUGUUCGAUUUUCCGAAGACGAAGCAGGAGUAAACAUGUCUGGGAGGUUGUUGAAGAAGGUUCUCCAAGAACACGAAGAAUCGAAACUCCAGAAACAUCACGAAGAAGAAGAAGAAGAUGAGGAAGAAGAAGAAGAAUCAGGAGCCCGUUCUUCGAUUAAUCCAUUCGAUCUCUUGAACGACGGUGAUGAAGAUCCUGAGGAGAUAGAGGUUGAUGAUGAGACUAUUGUUGAGAAGAAGAAUGACGAAGAUGCGGAUCAUCAGUCAAGGGUCGCUGAUCAUGUGCAGCAGCCGGUGUCAAAGAAUAAGUCGAAGAAAAAGAAAAAGAAGAAAAACAAAGAGAGUGUUUCUACUAAAGCUGAAAUCACUUUGGAUGAAACUUUAGAAGUACUUGGUCUCAGUGCUAACUCUAAGCAAGAGAAGGUUCAGGAGACGAAAGCGAAUGCUGAUUCUUCCAAAAAGGCUUCUUCACGAUUUGUGUUGGAAGUAGAUCCCAAGUAUCUGAAUCUUGAAAACGAGUUGAGGAGAAUGUAUGGUUCAAAGGCUAUGAGAUCAUUUGAGAGUGAGAGUGGCUCUCAAGGUGGUAGUAGCUCUAGACAAGGACGAGGGGGUAGACGUGGAAUCCAUCAUAUCACAAAGACGGUUCUGAUAUCUCCAAAGGAGAAUUGGUCUAGAUGGGAUAGAUCUUUCUCAAUGGAGUUUCUAGAGACUAAAGAUGGUAACAACUACUUCAGAUAUACCCAUUCAUCCUCAUAUGAGCAGGCUCAGAGGGCAUUUCAGGCUGCACAGGCUAUCCAUGAUUUGAAUGGUGUAGCAAGUGUCCUUAUACACCAUCCUUACCAUAUUGAGUCGCUCAUAACUAUGGCGGACUACUUUAAGUUUGUUGGUGAGCAUGAUAUGGCUGCAGAUUCCAUUGGAAAGUGCUUGUACGGAUUGGAGCGUGCAUGGCAUCCUAUGUUUACUCCGUUCCAGGGUAAUUGCCGGUUGGAGUUUACCCACGAGACAAACAAGCUGUUCUUUAAGACGCUUUUCACUCACAUGAGAAACAUGGACAGGCGUGGCUGUCAUAGGUCAGCGUUGGAGGUCUGCAAAUUCUUGCUUUCGUUGGACAUGAGUGAUCCAGUAGGCGCUUUGUUUUGUGUGGACUACUUUGCUUUGAGAGCAGAGGAGUAUGCGUGGCUGGAGCAAUUCUCGGAGGAGUACCGCAAUGACAACUCAUUAUGGCUCUUCCCUAAUUUCUCUUAUUCGCUUGCUAUAGCCCGAGUUUAUCUCGAGAAGAUGGAUUCUUCCUCUUCAUCAGAAGCCACUCACGUAGAUACUUCGAAGUCAAGCUCUUUGGAUCUCAUGACACAAGCUUUGAAGCUUCAUCCAACAGUACUCAAGAAGCUAGUGGACAAGGUACCUUUAAAAGAUCAGGCAUGGGCAAAGAUACUCAAGCAUUCUUACUUCCGAUCAGAUGAAUCAAAGAUCCCAUCCUUGGAUCACCUUAUUAACAUAUAUGUCGAAAGGAAUUACCUUAUAUGGAGGCUUCCAGAUGUACAGAAGUUGCUUCGGAGUGCUGCUGAUUUAGUCAUUGAGUCACUGGAACAAAACGGAACCGAAGCCGAGAGCUGGCUUUGUGUAAGGAAAGAAGCCUUCUCUGCUGAGAAUAACCAGUACUCUCAUUUAUCAACACAUGAUUUCUCUGAUUCGAUGCCGACUCUCCCACCAGACAAUUUGCAGAACUUUGUGGCUGAUCCAAGAAUGGUGGGAGGAGAGCAAAUGGCUGAAGGCGGCGGGGGAGGUCAACAACAAGCACCACCACGUCCACGUGAUGUGGCAAAUCGGAAUCCAUUUGCUGUGUUGUUUGAGUCAAUACUUCCAUGGGCUAAUUUUGGAGAUGAAGACGAUGAGAUUGCACAUGAUGGUCACCACCAACCAGACAACAAUGGCUAAAUCAAUGGCUCUAACUGAAGAAAGAAGAAAACUGCUACAAAUUUUACAAAAUGUGGCCUUGCUUUUGUUGUACAGUGCCAUUUUGAUGGUUUAGUCUAAGGACUCGUGGAAAUUUAAUACUUUGGGUAAAUCGGAUUUAGUCAUUUUCAAUUCAUGUUUCUGGUGGAAUAAUUGACAGCUUUCAUU